CGCGACCAGCUAAAAAAAAGACACAGACUGUGUGUUUUUUUUUCUUCUUUACCUUUUCUUCCACUAUUACUACUACUACUACUACUAUCACUACUACUGUUACGCACACAGCAAAAAAAAUAGCAAAAUAAGAGAAACGAGAGAGAGGUGCUCAGAAAAACAAUAUUAACAGCAACGGCAUAUACAAUUCACGCACCUGCCAGAGGCUCCAAGCACUUCAUAAAUAACGUGUAUAUCCCAUAACACUGAUACACAGUACAUCCACCUAUUGAGCAACAAGGCACUCUCUAAGCAACAAAACAAACCCCUUCUCCCCCACACUUUUUUUUCCUUUUCCCUCUCUUUUAUAUAUACUCUCUUACUCUCUCUCUCUCUUUUUCUUUCUUCCUUCCAUAUCUUCUGUUUGCCUACGAUCGCAGCACCAGACUGCCAUGACAAGUAGUAACGAGCUGCCAUCUCCCACAGUACCGACAUGCUCAAAGUGUCAUCAACCUCUUGGUAAUCGACUGGUGCGAGCCCUGGAUGGCACUUUUCACCCAGAAUGUUUCACUUGCAUGGAUUGUAAUGCGCCGGUCGCAGCCAGGUUCUUCCCAUUCACCACCGAUGAGGGACAAACAUUACCGCUCUGCGAGCGCGAUUACUUUAGAAGACUUGGGCUUGUAUGCGACAAGUGCAAUGAAGCCCUGCGAGGACCCUAUAUUAUUGCACUUGACAAGAAAUACCACACCGAUCACUUUACAUGCAGUGCAUGUUCCACCGUGUUUGGCCCUGAAGACUCGUAUUAUGAACAUGAUGGCCAGGUCUUUUGCCAUUUCCACUAUUCAACUCAGUUUGCAGUCAGUUGUGCUGGCUGUCAAAUGGCCAUCCUCAAGCAAUAUGUCGAGAUUGACCGUAAAGAUAUUGUCGAGCAUUGGCAUCCGGAAUGCUACAUGAUUCACAAGUAUUGGAACGUCAGGAUCGCUAAUCCUUCCUUACGAGACAAGGAGACCAUCAUCCAUCAUGAGCUGCUGCCAAAAAAUCCAGUGGAACUGGCCGAGAAACAACGGGAUAUGGAAGAAAAAGUGUAUCGUAUAUGGACAGUGUUAUCAGCAUUUGAAGAAUCUUCCGCGGUUUGUAUUUCGGAGAUGUUGCUGCACGUGUCAAACGGUGCCUAUGUGGAAGGCAUUUGUCUAUCGGAGCGGUUCCUGGUCCAUGUCGAAGCCUUAUUUUCAGGUGUGGAUGAACUUGACAAGAUACAUCACGAAUAUGACCAAGGAGAAUUCAAGUACACACGAGAAGCGAAGAUGCUGUGUAAAAAAAUCAUCAACUUUUUCUCAUUGCUUUCGCGGACUCAAGAAAUGAAGCGACUCGGCAUUACACAAGAGUUGCUGUCUUUAGUCACUGGCUUAGCACAUUACCUUAAAAUAUUGAUUCGGGUGGCGCUGACAACUGCUCUGCGACUGGAACUGGUGCUGGGUCGUCCAGUUGCCGUGUCACGUCUGCUGGCCAAGUUGAUGGAAGUUGCAGGAAAGGAAGGCCAUAGUCGAGACAGCCAGCGUCUGGUGAAAGCAAAGCAAUCAUCCGACCUGUGUCACGUAUGUCGAAUUACGGUGGAGGACCAAUGUGUCAAAUAUGGCGAGUUACGGUGGCACAUUAACUGCUUCAACUGUCGCCAGUGCAAAAGGCCGCUCGCUCGCGAGUUCCGCAAUGCCACGUUCAGUUCAGCAUCCCAAUCCGCCUUGUGUUCAUCUUGUGCAGGCGUACACGAGUCCGAAGUGCCGACCCCGUUUGAAUAUGUCAGCAAACUCACACAAUUUGCCUAUCUGCUGCGUGUAGCAUUGAGCCGUCUUUGCAAUUUCUUGCAGAUCACUGACAGUCAGCUAUCGUCUGUUGACUUUUCAAUCAAAACCAAACCUUAUUUGCCAAAGGAUGUGCCUCCCACCAAAGAGGUGUCGGCAUCGCCCACGACCAUGCAACAAUCCAAGUUUCCUACAUCACCUGUGGACGAGAAACAAAUCAACACGCCUGCGUAUCCGACGCAUAUCACCGAUGUCAAGAACGUUCCAGCCACAAACCUCAACCGAAAAGUGUCACGGUCAUUUAAAACAGCCAAACGAUCGACGAUUCUCGGCAAUGUCUACAACACAACGCAAAAGACGACUCCCAUCUCCGAGGAAGACGAAGAUAAUACCCGCUCGGGGGUUCCAGCACGCGAGUCGAGUCUGAGUGGACCACGCCUGGACCAACACAAGAACUUGCCGCCUCUGCCGCAAGAACAGGACGAGGGAGGAGAUGGUGGCGGUGAGGAUUAUCGCAGCAAGGGUAUCCGCCUUGAGGACGUGCCAGACUUUGCAAAGAAGGUGACGGAUCGGCCUAGCAGACAUCAGCACACACCAUCCACAUUGGGAACCCACAUCAACGUCAGUGCAACCACUGGCAAACCCCGAGUGUAUCUGUCGGAACUUUCAGCACUGCAGGAUAUGAUCAUUCGGCACGUGGCGGUGGUGCACAUUGAGCCCUAUGUCCGCGAGCACUUUUCGUUGAGCGAGCUGCUGAACUUGAUUGAAACCAAAAAGGUGUCCAUCUGGGGCAAGUUUUUCACGUCGAUAAUGCAUGGCGGAGGCAAAAAGCAGAUCAAGGCAAAGGAAGACGGCACGUUUGGCGUUCCUUUAGAUUUGCUCACUGAACGCACUGGGGUUGAGUCCAAUUUGGGCGCAUCGCCUUCUCCUGUGCGCGUUGCCGCAUUUAUCGAUGACUCUGUUACUGCUAUGCGCCAAAUGGACAUGUCGGUGGAAGGCAUUUUCCGAAAGAACGGUAACAUCCGAAGACUUAAGGAUCUGACAGAACAGCUUGACAGAAAUCCACAAGACGUCGAUCUAUUUGCCCAGCCGUCAAUCCAAAUUGCAGCUCUCUUGAAAAAGUUCUUGCGUGAGCUGCCCGAUCCACUUAUGACAUACAAGCUGCAUGGCUUGUUUACAUGCGCAUUAAAGCUGAGUGACACGACUGCGUGCAAGCGUGUGCUGCAAUUAGCAUACUGCAUGCUACCACGCGUCAACCGCGACGCUCUUGAAGUGUUGUUUUUGUUUUUCCGCUGGGUUGCCUCGUUCUCGCAUGUGACGACCGACGUGGGCAGCCGUAUGGAUAUACCCAACCUUGCGCGUGUGAUUGCACCGAAUAUCCUGACGACCAACUCCAAAGAUCCACUCAAAGACGACUCGUUCACCUCGAUCAGCGUGGUUGAAAUGAUGCUCGAGUCGUUUGACGAGUUUUGCAUGGUGCCCGAAGACUUGGAACCGUUCCUGCAAGACCCGAAAUUCAAGGAGGGCAAGCCCACCGACUUGUCGUCCAAGGACUUUUUAAAGAAGGUAGAGCAAAUGAUGAAGCACAGUAAUGCGUCGUCUGCAUCGUCGCCCGUAUCCACUAUGUCAUCCGCUUCUACGGCUACCUCUGCCACUGCAAACUCGUCCGUCAACGAUGUCCGCUUCCUCGAAGUCCAGCAGCAGCAGCAUCAGUAUCAGCAGCAUUCACCCACGUCCAUUUACGCACAACAAGGCUAUUUACCCUAUCCUAACCAGCAUCCUUCGUCUGACUUCCGGCCGAAUCAACUUUCCAUGCGACAAUCAAGCUUGAAUGCUGCUGCAGGUCAACCGCCGUUGAAAUAAAUCAUUUGCUGCUCCGUUUCAUCUAAUAUAUUGCAUUUCUAUCUAUACAACACCACCAUGCACUUGCCACAUGCGACCUCCUCCUUCCUCAAACACCACAUACAUACACACACGCACGCACGUACACGCGUAACAAAAAAGAAAAGCACCACUCCUCAACCAUAUCAUCUUGUGGAAAAUAAGCGAAGGAAAGAGGUACAACCUCUCUCGCUCUCUUCUCCCGCAUCUAGCUUAUCUAUUAUUUAUUCCCCCCUCCUCUGCCACACGUCCCACACACACGCACACACACACACGCGCGCGCCUUAAUUUGUUCUUUUUUCUGUCUCUCUGUCUGUCUCUCUCUCUCUCUGCUGAAUAAAGAAAUGCGUCUUUUUUUGUGUUUUAUCAAUUUAA